AUGGAGGGUAAAGGUAAGGAGUUAGCGGUUGGCUCUGGUCUUAGCAAGUCCCUUGAUGACACAAGAGUGGAUAGUCACAGCUAUUACCUAGCUCGUCGAACCACCAUGGAGAUGCUCCGAGACAGAGGAUAUGAUGUCUUAAAUGAAGACAUUAACCUCACUUUACAGGAGUUUCGAGCGCUCUACGGUGAACGUCCCAACGUAGAUAGACUCCGUAUCUCAGCUCAACAUUGUUCUGAUUCUUCCAAAAAGAUUGUAGUUGUGUUUUGCGGAAGUGGUAUAAUUAAAGUCAAUGCCAUACGGGAGAUCGCAGCUGAUGUACUUGGUCGAGAAAGUUUAACCGGGCUGAUAUUGGUUCUGUCAAGUGAUAUAACAAGUCAAGCUCUAAAAGCCGUUGAACUUUUCUCAUUCAAAGUCGAGUUAUUCCAGUUAAACGAAUUGCUGGUUAACAUAACCAAACAUGUUUUGAGGCCAAAACAUCGGGUUCUGAAUGAUCAAGAAAAGGAAUCACUCCUCAAGAAGUUCAGUAUUGAGGAGCAACAACUUCCAAAGUUAUUAAAAAAAGACCCGACAGCGAGAUACUACGGACUAGAGAAAGGGCAAGUUGUGGAGGUCACAUACAAGGGAGAGGGCACGGCUCGGAUUAGAGAGAUAUUGGAGUGUGUAGGAAUGGCAGAGGAGGGUUUACCGUUAAAUGUGGUCUCUUCAGCUCAGGUUCUUGCAAAAUGUGGCGAGUUUGUUGAACAUAAGAGACACUGA